GGACUAGUAGUAUUAGCUAUAUAAUACAUUAUGGACGUUGUACAAGACAUUUUUAGAACGUAGAAAUAUAAUGACUCCUAUUUUUGUAUUUGACGGCGGCGAAUUGGGUACCCGGAACUCCAAAAAAGGAUCUACGGAUGCACUUAGGUGUCAUUUCUUUGCAAAGAUGUGUGUAAAUUGCCCACCGUGGGACAGUGUGUACUGACGAAACAUGGUCACGAGGGGUUUAUAAGAAGGCUAAAGUGCCCACAGGAAGCUCACAAGUGGAAGUCCCGAGUGGCAACAACAACAACAACGACGACGACAUGACGGCGAACCUUCUGUUCCCCAUAGCAGUCAUCUCCGCCCUGGUGGUCCGCUGCCCCACGGAGGCGUGGUACAAGCAGGUGGCCGGUCCAAGCUACUACUCGGUGGGCAGGGCGUCCGGCUUGCUGUCCGGUAUCCGGAGGUCACCGUACAUCAAGAGAGCCGAAAUGGAGACGUCUGCAAACAAACCGCAGCGUUUUAACCUGAAGACAAUGGCCAUCUGUAUCACAGACAUCACGCCCAACCUGCCAAGUUGUGAGCUCUUCCCCGGCGACAAGGCAGCACUGAAGUGCAAAGCGGACAUCUUUCUUUCUGUGGAUUUGUCAGACUGUGCAGACUACUGAGCGGCAUCAGCCAACCACACAUUGUGUCUUAUGUUUUUUUUUUUGUGCUGCAGAA